AUGAGCGAUGGAGGACUGACUAUGAGACAAAUGCAACAUUUACUAGGGUUCACAUGGACUCCCAGCCCAACCAGCUACGAAGAUGCGUUCAAGGUAAUGAAGACCGCGCUCAAACAGGGAGCUAACUUCUGGAACGGCGGAGAGCAUUAUGGUCCCCCCGAUGCAAACUCCCUGCAGCUCCUGAAGGCGUACUUCACCAAAUAUCCCGAGGACGCAGAGAAGGUCGUGCUAAGCAUCAAGGGAGGGAUGGGGAAAGAUCAUGCAUUCGACGGAACAGAAAAGGGGGUACGCCCCAGCGUCGAGAACUGCGUGCGGCUGCUCGGCGGUAGCAAGAAGAUUGAUAUCUUCGAAUGUGCCCGGGUAGAUAAGAAUACGCCCAUCGAAGAGACCAUGGCCGCUCUUCUAAAGAUGCGCAACGAAGGCCUGAUCGGGGGUAUUGGCCUGUCUGAAGUCCGGGCAGAGACGAUCCGGCGCGCUGCGAAAGUCGCCCCUAUUGCCGCCGUGGAAAUCGAGCUCAGCCUCUGGAGCACUGAUCCGACCAGAAAUGGAAUCCUUGAUGCAUGCAGAGAACUGAAGAUCCCCGUAGUCGCAUACUCGCCGCUUGGCCGUGGAUUUUUGACUGGCAAGUUCCAGUCGCCGGACGAUAUCCCGGAGGGAGACAGAAGGAGAACGUUCCCUCGGUUCCAAGAAGGAAUGUUUGAUGCCAACAUGAAGCUCGUCAGAGCGCUAGAAGGCAUCGCGAACAAGAAGGGCGUCACCCUGCCGCAAAUUGCAAUCUCAUGGGUGUUGGCGUUAGAAAAGCAGUUCGAUGUCACCAUCAUUCCUAUCCCGGGGUCUACCAAGCGGGACAGGGUGCUUGAGAACACGACGGUUGUGUCCCUGGCCGAUGCAGAAUUGGCAGAAGUUGAUGUCAUCCUUUCCCAAAACCCGGUAGAGGGCGAACGGUAUGCAGAGAAUGUUAUGCGUCUCAGCGAUGGAUAG